AUUUACAGGUCACUAAGCGGCUCUGCGAACAUGGUGAAAUACUUUUCUGUGGACUGGCUGGCCCAGAGCCAUCACAACACCGCCCAGACUGAGGACCACGGUGCUGGCACGGAUAGCGCACCGACCUGCAGACCACAUAUUCCCUGCAUGGUGCCGCCGCGCCCGCCGACCUUUGGCAAGAGUUAUCUUCAGCCAAAACCCAAAGCAUCAAAGCCCGUUGAACACAUGGAGAGCAGCGGGCGUCAGGACACCAGCCUGUGCUCACCUCUGCAUCCAACCAGCUGCGCCUCACCAAUUUCAGAAAUGAGCGGCUAUUCCUCCGGCUACGAGAGCGAGGCGGCUUCCUCUGAGUGUCUCUCUGUGGACGAGGGGAGCGAGACCGAGAAAGACGGACCCCAGCGCCGCGUCCGCACCAAGUUCACCCCGGACCAGAUCGACAAACUGGAGAAGAUCUUCAACAAGCACAAAUACCUGGACGCUGGAGAGAGGGUGAAGACUGCGCAGAAGCUCAGCCUCACAGAAACUCAGGUGAGGACCUGGUUCCAGAACAGAAGGAUGAAGCUCAAACGGGAGGUGCAGGACUACCUCGCUCCCCAAGUCCCGCCGGUGAUGUUCCAACCUCUGUCCGCGGUUCAGUACCACAGCAUGGCCCGACAGCCACCCCACUACCCCGCCCCAGGCCCGGCCUUUUACCCGCUCCCCGUCCCGCAGCUGGUCCUGCAGCAGCAGAUGCCCCCUCACCACCGCAUGAUCCGCAGCCCACAUUUCUACUGAAGAGCUGUGAAGCUGAGACUUUUCCGACUGAAACACUUAGAAUCCAAACCAGUGCAAUCCAGAGUUG